AUGAGUUCCAAUGCUACUCGGGGCCUUCAAUCAGCUGGCUUUCAAACAUCGAUUGAGAUUGCCCAAAAGCAAAAGCUGUACUCAGCGUCUGCUGCAGGCGUAAAGCGUUCUCGAUCAGAGAGCGAAACCCUGUCACCGUUCACCUCUGCCCGUCAGCUCCUUCAGUCGCAAAAAACUCACAAUGGUCGUGCACAAGUCGGUUUAUCCCGUACCACGCCCAUUAAUCCAAACAAGCAGCGCCUUGUGGCCAGCGAGAUACGUACAUUACCAGAUGCAGUCCUGCCAAAGGAGGAUUUCGCAACUUACACCCAACGCAAAGUUGUCUCCAGCACCCCUGGUCCGUCACAGAACCCUCUACUUUCCCUACGGCACCCCAGGUAUGGACUGCCCCAGCGCCUCAUAACCAAUUUUGAGUCUAUGGGUGUGAACUGCAUAUACCCUUGGCAGGCAUCGUGUCUUCUUGGACGUGGUCAUCUUACAGCCGAGAAGAACUUGGUCUACAGCGCCCCUACGGGAGGAGGGAAGUCCCUAGUGGCAGAUGUGCUGAUGCUGAAGCGUAUCAUUGACAACCCUCGCAAGAAAGCUAUACUUGUCCUUCCUUACGUGGCUCUGGUGCAGGAGAAGUUGAAAUGGCUUCGGCAGCUGGUAGAAGGUGUGGAGAAGUGUGUGGAGCAGAGUGAUAGAUUUCCACAGCCACCUUCGCACACAAAGUUACCGCUGAGCUCUGUUCGUGUCACGGGGUUCUUUGGAGGGAGCAAAUCCAGGAGUACAUGGUCGGAUACGGAUAUUGCCGUAUGCACAAUUGAGAAGGCUAAUAUGAUCGUGAACUCUGCUAUUGAAGAGUGCAAUAUUGACGAAUUGGGCAUUGUUGUAUUGGACGAACUUCACAUGCUCGAUGACGAGCAUCGUGGUUAUUUGAUUGAAAUUAUGGUAUCGAAGUUGCUCCUGCUUCAGCAAGAUAUCCAAAUUGUUGGCAUGAGCGCUACUUUGUCGAACACAGAAGUACUGGCAAAAUGGCUCCAUGCAAACUAUUAUAUCUCGAACUAUCGCCCAAUUCCAGUUCAAGAGUUUCUUGUGUAUGAAAAUUUGGUUUAUCCGGCCGGAAAUUCAAAGGAAAUUUUGCGCACAGCACUCGCACUGAAUAAAUCCAACGCCACCGAUAAUGGGGUACUCGCUGUGAGAGAAAUCUCUCAGUCUGUGUAUAAGGAAUUGGAACGCCCAAUUCCUAAUGCUAUGGUGUCAUUGGCUUUGGAAACUGCGACCUCUGGAUACGGUGCGCUGGUAUUUUGUGGGAGCAGGCAAGCCUGCCAUGCAAACGCGCUGCUUAUCAGUGAUGCAAUGCCGGAUGAGAGUAUGUCAAAUCCAGAAAUUCUAGAAAAACGCAUGGAUCUCGUGGCAAGUUUGCAAAGUCUUCCAUGUGGUCUCGAUCCAGUAUUUGAAAAGACUGUUAUUAAAGGCGUUGCCUUUCAUCAUGCCGGUUUAACCACAGAAGAACGAGAUUUAAUUGCAGAAGGAUAUGACCGAGGCAUUCUUAAGGUUCUAGUUGCUACAUGCAGCUUGGCAGCUGGAAUUAAUUUACCAGCUAGGAGAGUAAUUCUUUGCGGUGCUCGAAUGGGCCGUGAUCUUGUUGGCCCUGCUAUGCUACGACAGAUGCGAGGUCGAGCUGGCCGUAAAGGAAAAGACGAAGUCGGGGAGACGUUCUUAUGUUGUACGCCAGAAGACCUUGAGGCAGUUCUUGAUCUGCUUGAUGCCGAAAUGCCAGCUAUUGCCAGUGGCUUAUCGCCAGAAAAAAGGGGAAUUGAACGGGCGUUAUUAGAAGCCGUUGCGACCCGCCUUGUCUCAGGGCGCGAAGGUAUUAACGACUACAUCAGAUCCUCACUCCUCUACCAGAGUGUAGAGGAAGCGGAACUUUUUGACUUGGUUAAUUCAACUCUCAAAGAGUUAGUAGCCUCACAUCUACUUAAUAUAACCGUUGAUGGUUCCUACGAACCCACUCGACUUGGCCAGGCAAUUGUUGCGUCUGCUUUUACCCCAGAGGAUGGCAUAUUCAUCCAUGAGCAACUCAAACAGGCACUUCAAGCUUUCGUAAUGGAUGGCGAAAUGCACAUCUUUUAUAUGUUUGCACCACUUCAAUCCGGGACCGGCAUUGACAUCGACUGGCCUGUCCUUCGCGAUGAGAUUAAUGGCCUUGAUGAUAGUGGGUGUCGUGCUUUGCAAUAUAUGGGUGUUAAGCCAGCAUUUGUUAAUUCAAUGGCGCAAGGAGGAGGUAUGCCGCUAGAUACGAACUUAAGCAGGAUUUAUCAGCGGGCUUACACGGCAUUCCAACUCCGUGAUCUCAGCAAUGAGGUGCCUGUGUCAGCAGUGGCUCAAAAAUACCGCACCCCGCGUGGCAACGUGCAGAAUUUGACUCAGAUCUGCCACGGCUUCGCCGCGGGUAUGGUGAAGUUCUGUCAGCGAAUGGGGUGGGACAUGCUUGCGGUUGUUCUCGACCAUAUGCGUGAUCGACUACAAGCUGGCGCAAGGGCAGACCUUUUGGAGCUGGCGCAGGUGACGUAUGUGAAGAGUCGAACGGCGAGGUUGUUAUGGGAGAAUGGAUUCAAGACCCUGAGAGCACUGGCUGAAGCUGAAGGGAAGGAUUUAGUGCCCGUACUGAUGAUGGGACAACCUCGAAACGGCAAAUCACGCCAGGGUGAGGAUAAGAUGAAAGAAGCGGAGCGGCUGAAUGCUAAACUUCUCCGCAAGGCUGAGGUUAUUAUUUCCUCUGCAAGCAAACUCUGGGAGCGCCAAAUGAUCGUGGAACUUGAUGAGUGA